AGUUUGGGGCGCGGAGGGAUUCAAACUCAUCGCGGCUUGCUCGAGGAAUGGUAUUGUGGUACUUGCAACUACUGCUGCUUUCUCCGAGCUGAUUACUGGGUGCCGGGCCCGAGCCUCCCCGAUUUUGGUCAUGGAUCCCGUCGGCAAGUUCUGUGGGAAGCUGCGUGAUUUGGCCGUGACUCUGGAGAGGGAGACGGCUCACCUACAGCAGGCACUCAAUGGAGAAGAGGCUGACUUUGAAGAUUCUCCACUGAGAAUUUUGCAUGACUUGCAUUUGGAAGUAAAGACUUUCAAGGAUGAUAUUAAUAAUCUUCUUGAUAAAAGUCAUUCAGAGAGGCAAGAAAGAAGCAGUUUUAUAAAAAAUAUCAAAUUGCUGAUGGAAAAGAAUAAAAUGGAUAUCGUGAAAAUAAGAGACUUAUUCCAGAAAUAUGGAUAUAAGCCAUGUGACAUGGAAGAUCCAGUGCCAAAGGAGGAUAUUAAUGUUAAACUGGAGGAAGUUAAAUGCAAAGACUCUACAAAAUCUGAGACAGGAAAGGAAGAUACAUCUAGUGGUUCUGUUCAAAAUAACCAUGUUACUCAUAGUCCUCCACGUAGUCCACAGCUUUCUGAUUUUGGACUGGAAAAGUAUAUGUUUUCCAGAAAUUGGAAUAUUCAUCCACCAGCAAUGAAUAUUCCUAAGAGAGAGCACAUAACUACGAAUACACCUUUGAAACAAAUCUCUCCUAAAGUGUUGAGAACUCCAAAAUGCACUUUAAAGAUGGAUGAGUAUGCGGUGGUAACUCCUAAGCUGGAACACUUGGGUAUUUCAGAAUAUACCAUGUGUUUAAAUAAUGAUUACACAAUAGGGCUUAAAAAUGCCCAGGAAAAUAAAAGUUUAUCUAAGAAUAAUACUAAUGAAAUAAAUGUAGAAGCAAAAUUAGGGAGCAACAACAUCCUAAUCCCUCCUUGUUCCACCAUACACGAUCAGCUAAAAGAAAAUUGUGCUAAUCAUGUCAAUUCCUCUUUGGAACCUGAAUUCUUCACUCCUGGCUUGAAAAUACCUUAUAGAAACAGUAAUCCAAUUUUAAAUGUCCCUAAACCUAAAGAUCUUGGUCUCUCCACUAAUUACAAAGAAAGACUAAUUUACCCAGACUUUAAAAUGGAUGGGUUAAAAGAAGAAGCAAAGGGGAUAACAAUUCCACCAACAUCAGGCUCAAAUAUUUUGCAAAGCAAUUUGGAUUUGGACGAUUGUACUUCAUUGGUUUCACAGUCUGCCCAGUACUUUGAACAUCAUGAAGAUCUCUCUCUUCCUAAGAUUUCUGUCAGUGAAAACCUGUUAAAAACACCUCCACCUCCAGAAGUAACUACAAUUCCGGAUGAUAUUUUCCAGCUGUUAUCAAGGUAUGAUUCAAAGUUAGCCACUCCUGAACCAUUCAAACAAGAGCCCAGUAAAGCACUUUUCCCUGAAUUUAAAUGAAAAGCUACUCAAGAGGAAUACAACACAAUAAAGUACUAAUAAGAGGGAAAAUUUUUGCUUUGGUGGAGCAAAGUACUAUCUUAAAGACACUUCUGUUUACAAGUCAAAAGCUAUAUAAUGGAUGAUCUUCCCCAUAAGCCAAAUGGAAGAAGGAAUCUCUAUCAAUGAAGUCUUCCAGAUGUUUCUGUUUCCAAAAGUCAUCAAACGAGAUCUCUGAUUCUAAUUAUGAAUAUAAAAGAGGAAGGAUAUAUGUUUACCAACAAUGUUUGCCACUGUUGUGGAUGAUAUUCAGCCUGUAGGCCAAAUGGAAGAAGGAUUCUCUAUGGAUGGUGAGGUCCUCCAGUUGUUCUUGUUUUCGUAUGACAUUGGGUUGGUCAUAAAAGAGUUCUUCUUGCCUAUCCAAGUAGGAAAAAGACAAAUGGAUAAAGAAUACCUAUUUUCCAGACUAUGAAUGAACAGCACAUAUAGCUAGUUUAUUAGUAUGUAAGAUCUUGGACAGAAUUGUACAUAGAUAAUGAAUUGCGACUAGAUCUAAAAGAGGAAAAAAAUUAUUAGAUUACUUUAGGAAAAUUCUGUACUGCUAAUUUUAAUGAUCUCAAGAUUUUUCCUCAAAAGUCCAUCUUUUUCAACAUAAGCAUUUUACCAUUGAUGCUAUAUAGUUGCUAGCAGUCCUGGAAGAUUUAAAGUUGUCAAACAACCAAAAGGCAGUAGAAGUACAAUCUGAAGUUUAUAAAGUACUUUUUAAAAUCUUCCCAUUUGAUCCCUAAAGUAAUUCUGUGAGGUAGAUUCUGCUACUGUGCCUGGUUUACAAAAGAAGAACCUGAGGCUCAUGAAAGGUAGAGUAAAUCAUUUGGGCUCAGGUAGUAAGCAUUCAGGUAGGAUUUAACCUAAGUCUGAUUAUUGGUCCAGCAUUCUAUCCUCUUUGCCACCGUACCUCUCUAAUGAAGAAUUAAACAAAAAAAAUAGUAUAAAGGGGCCAGUUCCAUUAAAUAGAAAAGGAACUGAGCUGAUCAUGAAACAAGAGAUAAGAAGACUUCUCUGCCCAUUGGUAUCUAUAUGUCUAGUGACAGAUAAAUAGAAAGAUUGAAUUUUUUUAAGUGCUUACUAUGUACCAUAAACUAUGUUAAGCAUUUGGUAUACAAAACAAGAGGAAAACAAAAUAUAACUGGAAGCCUAGAAGAUAUGGGCCAGAGAUAGAUUGUGAUAAGGAAGUUAUACAUGGGGAGAAUGUGGGAGAUGGUAGCAAUAGGGGAAGAGAUUCAGACAAAGAUUUUUCCUACCUAUAACCUUUGUAGUAUGUCAAAAUAUCCCAGAAGCACAACAAAAGAAAAAAGACACUGAAAUUUGAUUCUAUGUACUUUCAUUAGGAUCAUACAAUAAUUCAAGCUGUGUCAUCAACCAGUUGUCAACAUAUAAUUGAUUCCCCAUUAAAAUUUAUGUGGAAUAAAUCCUAUUUUCCUGUUGGUGAUAGACCUUGUGUAUAUGUAUAUAAAUUCAUAAGAAUACUGUGAGGAAGCAUAUGACUGUCUUACUUUAAAAUUCCAUUUUUUCAUUCAACCUUGUACUCAAUUUUAUAUGGACAAUAAAAAUGUUGAAUCUGCA